ACAGUAAACAACAACAUCAACAACCACCGGGUCCCAGCACCCAGUUUUUUUUUUAAUAAAUAAAUGACCAUGGCAAAGAUCUUUGCAGUCAAAGCGGAAAGAGAAAGAGAGCAAAUCUUUUCUCGCGAGUAGUCCCCGCCCCUGCUCGUGUCUCCUCCUCCUCCGCUUUGUUUUGUCCGAAAAUCCCAUAAUCAGAUAGAGAGAGAGCUUGCUUAUUGAAUCAGAAUGGCCUUCGUCGCGGGGCUGCUGCUGGGAAUCGCUCUGGGCUUGGCACUGAUCGUCGGCUUUGUGCGGUCCGAAAAUGCCCGAUCUAAGCGUCGCUCUGAGCUCGCGACGACUAUUGCAGCUUUCGCGAGGAUGAGCGUGCAGGAUUCCCGGAAAAUACUGCCGGCAGAGUUGUACCCUUCCUGGGUCGUUUUCACUCAGCGCCAGAAGCUGACCUGGCUUAAUCACCAUCUUACCAAGAUCUGGCCUUAUGUCAAUGAGGCUGCAUCUCAGUUGAUUAAGGCUUCAGUCGAGCCCAUCUUGGAACAAUAUACUCCCAUCAUCUUGUCCUCUCUCAAGUUCUCCAAAUUCACUCUCGGUACUGUGGCACCCCAAUUCACAGGAGUCUCUGUUGUGGAAGAUGGAGGGGGUGGCAAUGGCAUUACUUUAGAGUUGGAGGUGAACUGGGAUGGCAAUCCGAGCAUAAUACUGGAUAUUAACACUAGAGUUGGGGUGGCACUUCCUGUGCAGGUAAAGAACAUUGGAUUUACUGGGGUUUUUAGGUUGAUCUUUAAGCCACUUGUUGAUGAGUUUCCUUGCUUUGGAGCUGUUUGUUUUUCUCUUAGAGAAAAGAAAAAGCUGGAUUUAACGCUGAAAAUUGUUGGUGGGGACAUAUCAACAAUUCCCGGAAUCUAUUCCGCCAUUGAGGAUACAAUUCGGGAUGCUGUUGAGGAUUCAAUUACAUGGCCGGUUCGGAAGGUUAUACCCAUCUUGCCAGGAGACUAUAGUGACUUGGAACUAAAGCCUGUUGGCACCUUGGAAGUGAAGCUCGUACAAGCAAAGGAGCUGACAAACAAAGACAUCAUUGGGAAAUCGGAUCCCUAUGCUGUUCUUUAUAUACGCCCUUUACGGGAUAGAAUGAAGAAAAGCAAAAUACUGAACAAUGAAUUGAAUCCUGUUUGGAAUGAACAUUUUGAAUUCGUCGUUGAGGAUGCAUCCACGCAACAUUUGGUGGUCAAAGUUUAUGAUGAUGAAGGGCUUCAGGCAUCCGAGUUAAUUGGAUGUGCUCAAGUACAGUUAAAAGAGCUUGAGCCAGGCAAAGUGAAGGAUGUGUGGUUGAAGCUGGUUAAAGAUUUGGAAGUUCAAAGGGAUAACAAAAAUCGGGGGCAGGUGCACUUGGAGCUUUUGUACUGUCCUUUUGGCAUGGAGAAUAGUUUCACCAACCCUUUCAGCCAUGACAUCUCAAUGACAUCCUUGGAGAAGGUCUUGAAAGGUGGGAUCAAUGGCAUGGAAGUUAGUGAGGAUGGAAAUGGCAUUGGACAGAAGAAAAGGGAAGUUAUUGUGAGAGGGGUGCUCUCUGUCACUGUGAUAUCUGCUGAAGAGUUGCCAGUGGUGGAUGUAAUGGGGAAGGCUGAUCCAUAUGUUGUAGUCACCAUGAAGAAGUCAGGAAUGAAAAAUAAAACGCGGGUCGUGAAUGACAGCUUGAACCCUGUUUGGAAUCAAACAUUUGACUUUGUUGUGGAGGAUGGACUACAUGAUAUGCUAAUUCUGGAAGUCUGGGAUCAUGACACAUUUGGGAAGGAUUACAUGGGAAGAUGCAUCUUGACUCUGACCAAGGUCAUACUAGAAGGGGAAUAUAAAGUUUGCUUUCCAGUAGAUGGUGCCAAGUCUGGGAAGCUGAAUCUCCACCUAAAAUGGAUGCCCCAGCCGAUUUAUCGAGACGCAUAGGUGACAGUGAUCACAGUUUGCCCCUUCUCGUUUACUGCUGGAGAAUAAGUGAAGUUAUAUCUUUCCUUUUUACCAACUUCUUACAGUGCUUCCUCCUCCUCCGGGAGAGGGGAAUGUAGAGAAAUUAGAGAACCGGUGACAAUACUCUGACAUUUGGUCAUUGUACAUAAUCCGUUUUGGAAGAGAGACGUGUGAAGUCAAUAAAUAGGUCGAGGGUAAUUUGAGAAGGAUGCCCAGUGAAAUGAGUCAUGAUACGACCACUUCUGUUCUUUUGGACGUGCAGAAGAACACCAAGUGGCCAAGAGAAUUAAAACGAUUUUUUUUCUUUUGUUGGUUUAUCUAUUCACUUCCCUUGUAUGAAUU